AACAAUCAAGAAAUGGAAGACAAUCCCAUACCAUCCACCAACCCCUAUGGGAACUACACAGUGGUUGACACUGCGGCCAAGGAGAUCCUCCACAUGGUCCAUGAGCAUUGGUACCAGUUCCCUCCCAUGAACCCUCUCUGGUACAGUCUGGUUGGGUUCUGGAUCGUGGUCAUGGGGUCCCUCUCCCUGGCCGGAAACUUCGUCGUCAUCUGGGUCUUCAUGAACACCAAGUCCCUCCGAACGCCUGCUAACCUCCUGGUCGUCAACUUGGCCCUCUCCGACUUCCUGAUGAUGUUCACGAUGUUUCCACCUAUGGUCGUUUCGUGUUACUGGCAGACCUGGACACUAGGAGCUCUCUUCUGUGAGAUUUACGGAUUCCUGGGCUCUCUGUUCGGAUGCGUUUCCAUCUGGACCAUGGUGUGGAUUACCGCUGAUCGCUAUAACGUCAUUGUGAAGGGAGUGUCUGCUGAACCACUAACAUCAGGUGGAUCCAUGUUGAGGAUUGCGGGUACCUGGGUCGCCUCUAUUGCCUGGUGCCUUCCCCCCUUCUUUGGCUGGAACCGUUACGUACCUGAGGGUAACUUGACCGCUUGUGGCACGGACUACUUGACAGAAACUCAGCUUUCAAAGAGCUACUUGUACGUCUAUUCCAUAUGGGUGUACCUCUUUCCUCUCGCAUACAUCAUCUACAGCUACACCUUCAUCGUCAAGGCUGUUGCUGCCCACGAGAAGGCCAUGCGGGAACAAGCCAAGAAGAUGGGAGUCAAGUCUCUUAGAAAUGAGGAAAAUCAGAAAACUUCUGCUGAAUGCCGCCUGGCCAAGGUUGCUCUCAUGACCGUCACCCUGUGGUUCAUGGCCUGGACCCCCUACUUCAUCAUCAACUGGGGAGGUAUGUUCAACAAGCCCAUGGUUACUCCUCUGUUCUCCAUCUGGGGCUCCGUCUUCGCCAAGGCCAACGCCGUCUACAACCCCAUCGUGUACGCCAUCAGCCACCCCAAGUACCGAGCUGCCCUCGAGAAGAAGCUGCCUUGCCUUGUUUGCACCGGCGAAGGAGACAAGGCUUCUGAAGUUGGUUCUGUUUCCACGGUCGAAACCUCCGAGAAAGCAGAAUCUGCUUGAGACAAAGAGGAACACGGUCCGUGCGUGAUGUUUUUGGCUUAGAACUUUGGAAAAUGUAUGUCAGGUAACUCUCUCUCCUCUUACCCUUGUAUUCGGUGAACCAGUAUGAAAAUACA